AUGGUCGACCAGAAGUCGCUUGCGGAAGCCUUCUCGGACAAGACCACAUCUUCGCUCGGGGGACCACAACCUUCUUUUUCUGUGACCGUCCCUCAGGAUCCAUUACGCGCAACAGAAAAGGGCCCUUCUGCAGAUGGGGAACUAACAGCGGAAGAGAGGAGGGAGAAGGAAAAGGAAUACCAGGCCAUACGAUCAGCGAUUGCGGCCGAUGAACCCUGGUCACCCUACGUGCCCUCACGCUUCGAGGAAUACUUCUCCCGCAUCCCCCUGAAGCCGAAGAGACUCCGAGGGCAUUGCUCCUUUAUUCUUCUCUCCGUUUCGGGGUUUGCUGCCCUGACCGGUCUUCUUAUGGGUUAUGACAUGUGCAUCGUGGCGGUAGUCCUUGAUCCAGUCUCCCAGGAUUUUAAUCUGUGCGGCAGUGCGGAUACUUGCAACGCGAAAACGCUCUUCGUCUCCGUUCUUGCACCUGGAGCCAUGUUAGGAAGUGUGCUUGGUGGCAUAGUGGCAGAUCGGUAUGGCAGGCGGCCAGGACUCCUACUCAGUGACUUUUGCCUUUUUUUGGCGUCGAUUCUGUUCGCCUGCGGCUUUGCUUACUGGAUUGCACUGACUGGACGCUUCUUUGUCGGUGUAGGCGUUGGAACUGGUUUCGUCGUGUAUUCGACGUAUAUGAGCGAAAUAGCACCGACUGACAUUCGCGGCAUUCUAGUUGCAUGCCAGGAAGUUGCACAGUGCACUGGCUGUCUGUUUGCGUACGUCCUUGCGGCCAUCUGGGGUGGAUCUCCCUGGAGAGUUAUGAUGGGUGGUGCUGGAAUCAUCGCUCUUUUGCAGAUUGUGGGCGAGGUCUUCGUGUUACCGGAGAGUCCCCGGUAUUUGUUACGGCACGGACGCGGUUCAGAGGCACGAGCUGCAGCGAUGCGCUUAUUCAACUUCCAGAACAAAGAUCAGCUAGACACGUUCUUGGCAGUCCUUCUCAGAGACAUAGCACAAGAAUUGGAGGAAUUCGUCGACCAGAGAGACGAAGUCCUGAAAACGGGAGUCAAGCAAAACAGUCUUGCCUACUACUUGUAUAAGUACAAAAUGCUCGUUGUCGCCAACGCCAGGCCGAUGUUCAUAGCCGUCGGGUGCGCUGUUGCCCAAAAUCUGACUGCUGCAAAUUCUGUCAUUUACUUUGCGAUCGAUAUCUUCAAGAUGGCGGGGAUUGAAGAUCCAUACCUCGCGGGAGCGGGCGUCGGAGCCAUGAAGUUCAUGGGGGUUAUCUGUUGCCUCUGUUUGGUGGAGAGGAUUGGCCGGCGUGUUUUGCUGCUCAUUGGUUCGUUUGGAUCCAUGGCUUGUCAUCUUAUCAUGGGCUCUGGCUUCCUGCUCAAGGAUUUGCGCAUGGCAUCUCUUUCCGGGAUGUCUGCUGCGGAUGAGGCGGCUGCCCUUAGCGGUCCCACAACGCUGCUUGUCGUUGGGAUGCUGGCCUUUAUGUUUCUUUGGAACAUAUCAUGGGCAGCGCUCAUGUUUGUUGUGGCCAGUGAGGUUCUUCCCAAUGGGUCCAGAGGCAUUGGGAUGGGCAUGACGAUUACUGCCUUCUGGACAGUUGCUUUCAUCAUGCAGUCGACCCUCGAGCCACUCUUCAUGGCUAUCACCAUUGCCGGGACUUUCUUCUUAUUUUCGGGCUUGAGUGCGUUAGCUGGGAUGUUUGUGUACUUUUACGUCCCCGAGGGCAAAGGCGUUGGACUAGAGGAAAUGGUACAUGUGAGCGCACGGAGAUCCCGUAUGACUCCUGAGGAACGAGCUGCUGUCAAUGAACGGACUAGGGCGAAUGCUGCCCUGGCUGCUGAGGGUGCAGCGGCUGGCGCUGCUGGAAGGGCUACUGCGCGCGCUGCUAGGGCUGCUGCUGCAGAAGCCAACACGGCCGCUUUGCAUGACGCAGAAGCAGGCUCUGAAGUGCAUUCCAUGAUUCAAGAGAACGAUCAAGCGCAGAAAGACUGGGAACAAAGCAGCGAUACGCAGGAGGAAGAGGCGAAAGAGAGUGGUCUCAACGAGCAAGCCUACAGCGGCACCCCGUACAAUGCUGAGACAGAAGAGGUCCGAGUGGGUUUGCAGAACAGACGCGCACCAGACCACGACAUUUCAACCAACACUGCGGGUUUAUGA